UAUUGAUUAUACUUAUCAGUCAAUUAUUUUAUUGAAAUAUAAAGCAAUGAAUAAUGAAUCAUCCUUUACAAGACUAAAACAGAGACCUCCUACGUAGUUAGCCGGAAGGGAGUAUAGAAAACGCAUAUAACUUCACCUGCGGCAAUUCACCACCUGCCAGUAGGCAACUGUCAGCGUAGCGUGUGGAAAGGAGAAACUAAAAUUGUUUUUCACGAGAUCACGAGACAUUACCACAGAAGAAGGAAAUUGUGAAACAAUUUGUUAAAAAUUUUUACAAAAUACUUGAGAAAGAAAUGCUUCGAGCGCGCUCUCAAAGUAGUUUAUAGUAAGUUAAAACUGCAAAAAUGUAUGGUUUUUCUUUAUUUUGUGUCGCUAUUUGACAGAUGGCAAACGAAUCAUUUGAUGAAUUUAUUUUGUUUAUUAGUGAACAGGAGGCGAAGUUCGUGCAAGAUCGCAUAACGGGCGUGGAGAGACAUUUCGCUGAGCUAUGUACAAUAUUCGCGGCGUUCACCAGAAAAGCUGCCAGAUUGCGUGAUAAAGGCGAUGAAUUGGCUAAAGUAAUACAAACUUACGCAGAUUCGGAAGUUAUAAAUCGAUCGCUGAGCACCGGACUUACGAAUUUUUCUGCAACAUUAUCGGUCAUCGGCGAUUAUAGAGAUGCGCAAGUACAAAGAUUGGAUGCCAAGGUGAUUGCACCUCUCUCGCAAUACGCAAUGAUUUGCAAACAUGCUCGCGACGAUGUCAAAAACACCUUUGCAGCACGCGACAGAGAACUCACGAGACGAAGACAUUUAGACAAAGUUCGAGAGAGAAAUCCCAGAAACCGUCAAAUGAUAUCGCAAGCUGAAUCGGAGUUGACGAAGGCAUCCAUCGAGGUAUCUCGAGUAGUAAAAGGAUUAGAGGAGCAAAUCGACUCGUUCGAACGACGAAAAUUACACGAUUUAAAGUCCAUACUACUAGAUUUCAUCACCAUCGAAUUGAGUUUUCACACCAAAUCCCUUGAGCUCUUGACCAAAGCGUAUCAAGACGUUGCGGCUAUUGACGAAAUUAAAGAUAUUGAAGACUUUCAAAGCGCGAGAGGAGAGAUGAAUGGGGAAUUUCGAGAGACAAUGCGAGUUCCUGAUUCUGUUGCAAGAUUAGACACAGUGGGUCGAACUUCGUUUCGACAAGCUUAUUCAUUAACGAACUUGGCCUCUCGAUUCGCGUCCUCGCCCGUGGCAUUACAGAAACUGGCUAAGGGAGGAACUGAAUCUGCUGAUUCUGCACGAACCGGAUUCUCGAACUCUUCCGAGUCAGUUCAAGUUGAAGAAUAUCCAGAUGAUAGUACGGAGGAAACGGAAUCAGAAUCGAUUCAAGAGAAGCCUGUGAGAACUAGGCAAAAGUCUAUGUAAUUUCAAUCAUCCUUUUAAUAUCCCGUUUUUUAUCUUUUUAGAAAAGAGCGUCGAAAAAUGCUGGAUAUAAAGUAAAGAAACGUUUCGUUCUCAGACCCGUCCCAGCAAUUCCUACAUGUCAGAAGUCCUUAAUAUCGUCCAUAAUAUAUCGCAUACCUUAUAGACUGAAUCAGACAAAGUGAAUCAGACUUUAUUGCGUAUACAUGUUUGCGUAUUUCUUAAGAAUACUUGUUUGUAGCAAUUUAAGUGGCCACUUAGAAAAUUGUUUUGAAUAAGAUAUAAAGAGAGACUUCUUCAAAAGAUAGUUAAAAAAACAAUGUAAUCUAUGUUCCACUGAAGUAGCAUAAUCACCGUUUGUUCAACUAGUACCUGGAUUAGCUGUCACGAGAUUCUUAAUAAUAUCGAAUGAAAAUG